UCUGCCAUCUUCAACUUUCAAUCGUUACUUCUUGUUAUUUUACUCUUGAUCUGCACUUGUACAUAUGUAAAAGCUCAAGCACCUUCUUUGUUGAACAAGAACAAGACUGGUGUGCUUGGUUUAUUUUGGAAGGCAGCUCGAGUAGGCGAACGACUGAGUCCUUAUGUAUCGCUUGCCUGUAUCUUUAUGGGAAUUUCAUUGAUGAGUUCAUAA